AUGACCAUAAGUGGUGGCGGGAACGAGUCGCGCAGCAGCGCAGUCUUCGCCGUCACCGUGGCCAUGAUCACCUGCUCGACCGUUUUCGUUUUUGCUCGCAUGGCCUCUCGUGCUGGAGUCGUCAAAAAGGUCCUUCUAGACGACUACUUUAUGCUCGUCGCUUGGCUCCUCGCCUUUGGUCUCUCCUUCUCUAUAUGCUAUGGCACCUUUGUCGGCCUUGGCCGUCACGAAGAUGACGUGCUUAGCUCGUGGCAAGGCUCACUAAGGAGGUCACAAUAUGCUUUUUCUGUGCUAUACAAUCCUGCAUUGAUGGCUGAGAAGACCUCGAUUCUUGUCUUUUACCUGAGUCUAUCGAAGACUAACAGAACAUUUCGAUGGGCCACUAUAGCGACUCUGUUCGUCGUUAACGCCGCUGGAAUUGCCCUGACUCUGGUCACGUUAUUUCAAUGCAGCCCUGUAGGCGCUGCUUUCAGAUAUCCGGUGCCCGCUGUCCAUCAGUGCACUGAUAUCAUCACCAUCUACCUCUCAUCUGCGCCUGUCAAUAUCAUCACCGAUCUUGCCAUCUUAUUUUUACCAAUGCCCAUCUUGACUUCGAUGCGUCUGCCUAAAAAGCAGAAGACCAUCCUUGUCAUCACUUUCGGUUUCGGUCUCUUUGUCGCUAUCGUCGACAUCGUCCGAAUCGCCUACCUUCAAUCAGCCUCGACCUAUCGUCUCAACCAGAUCCUCAAUUAUCAGAAGGACAGCAGCCCUGGACGUGACUCCGACGUGACGGACUUCUCUUGGUAUGCCUCAUAUUCCUUCAUGUGGUCCGCCAUCGAGGUCAACGUUGGUAUCAUGUGUGCCUGCGUUCCAGCCUUGAAGCCUUUGGUCUCCCGAUUUAUGCCGCAUCUUCUUCGUGACGAAGGCGAUGUUACCGAAAAGCACUCCUCAGUUGACCGAAUGCCAACCUUCGAGAUGGCCGCGGCUCACCGUAUUCCAUCGAUGCCGGAUCCCGCUCAUCUCACAACACAGCCAUCACGCGAACCUGUAGAAGACGGCGAUAUGGACAUGAUGGAUUUCCUCACCACUCCCGACGAUUUACGGAACAACACUCUCGAGCGCUCACAAACCAUGCUGACAAACUCCACGAGAAACACUCGUGCAGAAACGCCAACAUUUUUCGAUUUCGUCAACACCAAGAACAGAAAGAGUUUUGUCCAUAUGACCGCGAGAGAGUCUUUGUUCCCGGUCAUCAUGGUCACUGUGCUCUUCUUCAUAUGGGGAUUUGAAUACGGCCUCCUGGAUGUCCUCAAUAGGCAGUUCCAGGAGAUCUCUCACAUGUCCCCAGGACAGUCUGUGAGCAUUCACAGUGCAUACUUUGCCGGUUACUUCUUUGGACCCCUUACCUUCGGGCGGCUAGCCUUGAGGCAUUACGGAUUCAAGGCUUGCUAUAUCAUUGGUCUCAGCAUAUAUGCUUGUGGAAUCCUCAUCUUCUGGCCUGCUGCUGUUUUGACCUCUUUCCCGGCUUUCGUCAUUGUCAAUUUCAUCGUCGGCCUUGGUCUAUCCACUCUGGAAAUAUCGGCCAACCCGUUCAUCGCUCUCUGUGGUCCUAUGGAAUAUGUUGAGGUCCGAUUGAACCUCAGUCAAGGAUUCCAGGCCAUCGGUACUGUUGUUGCUCCUCUCAUCGCCCAAAAAGCACUUUUCGGUCAAACCAACGAUGCCCCUUCCUUGAUUAAUACUCAAUGGGCUUAUCUUGGGAUUGCACUGUUCACUGCCGCACUGGCAGUCGCUUUCUUCUAUGUGCCACUGCCAGAGGCUUCAGACCAGGAGCUUGAGGACGCCUGCGAGCGUAUGGACAAUGCCAAUUACGCUACAGUCGGUCGCGUCCGAGUCAUCUGGUAUACUCUUGCUGUUGGUGCCUUUGCCAUGUUUUGCUACGUUGGAGCUCAAGAAGUCCUCGCCACCACAUUCGACUCCUACCUGGAGAUUUUGGCCCCUACGUUCAACGAGACCAACUACAUGGCGAUAGGACACACCUUGUUCGCUGUGGCCAGAUUUGUAGCUGCAGGCGCUGGGCUAAUUAUCAAGCCUCGCCUCCUACUUGUGUUCUUCCUUACAGGCACAAUCGUGUUCUCUGCCCUGGCCAUGAACUUCACAGGCUCAACAGCUACAGCAAUGAUGCUUAUGGUGUUCUUCUUCGAAGGUCCCCUCUUCACCCUUAUAUUCGCUCAGAGCAUUCGUGGUAUGGGCAAGUACACCAAGGAUGGCAGUGUCAUCUUAGUUGCUGCAGUUUGUGGAGGUGGUGUCUUCCCUGGGCUAUCCUACGUGGCUAGCCAAGCACAGAAUUCGCAAUACGCCAUGUGCGUCGCCGUGGCAGGCUUCACGGGUGCCACGCUGUUACCCUUCUUCCUCAACCUCAGUCCACUUGCUCGUACCCUCUGUGAUCCACUCAAGGAUCCUAGCGAGGCUACCGAAGAAUCUCUACCAGGCAGCUCGAAUAGUAGUGUCGCCAGCCGAGCCCUGAGCUUCUUCAGCAUUCGCAGGAAGAGCGCAGGCGAAAUGAAAACCGAAUGGCGUGAACGUCAAACCUCAGCAGACAGUUCUGCUUCACCCUGCACCUAUCCAUUAUGA